AUGCUCUCUGUUGCCCGACAGCAAGCGAAGCGAAGCGAGACUCCAGUUUCUUGUGUGGGGUCGCUGUACAACAUUUCAGCAGUGCCCAACACUUGCCUGGCUCACCGCCCGAGCCAGAUCGCAGCUUUAGAAGAGGUACCCGAGCAUUGGUGAGUGAGGUGACUCACGUGAUUAGAUAGUACGUGCAUAUAUGCGCCUCACCGAUCGAGUGCGCAGCAGCAGCGUUGCGUGA